AGAACUCACAUCUCCAUUCAAACAUCCAAACUCCAACGGGAUGAAAGUCUACUUUACUCUCUCCAGCCGCUGAUCAUCCCAGGCAUAGAGAAAGGAGAGGACAUUGCGAAGACGAGAGGUUUAUCCUGCAGUCACAGACGAGAGAAGCCAGGGAUCAGUUUAUAACAACAGGGUGUGCGAUACUUACAAGUGUUUAAAGCCAUUACACUCACGCUGAGCGGUGCAAACAUGGCGAGCGCCUCCUACCACAUCUCCAACCUGCUGGAGAAAAUGACUUCCAGCGAUAAGGACUUCAGAUUCAUGGCCACAAAUGACUUGAUGUCCGAGCUGCAGAAAGACUCCAUUAAGCUUGAUGAUGACAGUGAGCGGAAGGUAGUCAAGAUGAUCCUCAAACUGCUGGAAGACAAAAAUGGAGAAGUUCAGAACUUGGCUGUAAAAUGUUUGGGACCACUCGUGAGCAAAGUGAAGGAGUACCAAGUGGAAACAAUUGUGGACACGCUGUGCACGAACAUGCUGUCAGAUAAAGAGCAGCUUCGAGACAUUUCCAGCAUUGGCCUGAAGACGGUGAUCGGGGAGCUCCCGCCAGCAUCCAGCGGUUCUGCCCUUGCUGCCAGCGUAUGUAAAAAGAUUACAGGCCGCCUCACAAGCGCUAUUGCUAAGCAGGAGGAUGUGUCUGUGCAACUUGAAGCCCUGGAUAUCAUGGCCGACAUGCUGUGCAGACAAGGAGGACUGUUGGUGAACUUCCACCCUUCCAUUCUGAGCUGCCUACUGCCCCAGUUAACUAGUCCACGACUGGCUGUGAGGAAGAGGACCAUUAUAGCUCUGGGUCAUCUGGUCAUGAGUUGUGGGAACCUGGUCUUUGUGGACCUCAUCGAGCACUUAUUGUCGGAGCUUUCACGCAACGACUCCAUGUCCACCACUCGCACUUAUAUCCAGUGCAUCGCUGCCAUCAGCCGACAGGCUGGCCACAGAAUUGGCGAGUACCUGGAGAAAAUCAUUCCUUUGGUAGUGAAGUUCUGCAACAUUGAUGAUGAUGAAUUGAGGGAAUACUGCAUACAGGCAUUCGAGUCUUUCGUCCGGAGGUGUCCAAAAGAGGUGUACCCUCACGUACCCACAGUCAUCAACAUCUGUCUCAAGUACUUAACCUAUGACCCCAACUACAACUAUGAUGACGAGGAUGAAGAUGAGAAUGCCAUGGAUGCUGAUGGAGUGGAUGAAGACUAUCAAGGUAGUGACGAUGAGUACAGCGACGACGACGACAUGAGCUGGAAGGUGCGACGGGCGGCAGCUAAGUGCUUGGAUGCCGUGGUGAGCACUAGGCACGAGAUGCUGCCCGAGUUUUACCGCACCGUCUCCCCGGCUCUCAUUGCCCGCUUUAAAGAACGGGAGGAAAACGUUAAGGCUGACGUCUUCCAUGCAUACCUGUCCCUGCUUAAGCAGACACGGCCAGCCCAGAGCUGGCUCUGCGACCCUGACGCCAUGGAGCAGGGCGAGACGCCACUCACGAUGCUACAGAGCCAGGUGCCCAUGAUCGUGAAAGCUCUGCAUAAACAGAUGAAGGAGAAGAGCGUAAAGACCAGGCAGUGCUGCUUCAACAUGCUAACAGAGCUAGUGAAUGUGCUGCCUGGAGCCCUGACUCAGCACAUCCCAGUGUUAGUCCCAGGAAUCAUAUUUUCUUUAAAUGAUAAAUCCAGUUCCUCCAAUCUGAAGAUCGAUGCCCUGUCCUGUUUGUACGUCAUACUGUGCAACCACCAGCCUCAAGUCUUCCACCCCCACGUUCAGGCCUUGGUGCCCCCUGUAGUGGCCUGUGUUGGCGACCCCUUCUAUAAGAUCACAUCGGAAGCUUUGCUGGUCACCCAACAGCUUGUGCGAGUGAUCCGGCCCCUAGACCAAACAGAUGCCUUCGAUGCCUCACCAUAUAUCAAUGACCUCUUUGCCUGCACCAUUAAACGGCUAAAGGCAGCAGACAUCGACCAGGAGGUCAAAGAGCGUGCUAUUUCAUGCAUGGGUCAGAUUAUAUGUAACCUUGGCGACAGCCUGGGAACUGACCUUCCCGGCACGCUGCACAUCUUUCUGGAGCGGCUAAGGAAUGAGAUCACCAGACUGACCACAGUAAAGGCUCUCACACUGAUCGCUGGCUCACCACUUAAGAUCGAUCUGCGACCUGUCCUGGCCGAUGCCGUGCCUAUCCUGGCAUCAUUUCUGCGCAAGAAUCAGAGGGCACUUAAGCUUAGCACGCUAGCAGCACUGGAUAUUUUGGUAAAGAACUAUAGCGACAGUGUAACGCCAGCCAUGAUCGAUGCUGUGUUGGCCGAACUGCCACCGCUCAUCAGCGAGAGCGACAUGCAUGUCUCACAGAUGGCCAUCAGCUUCCUGACCACACUGGCUCGCGUGCACCCAGACUCACUUGCUAAGAUCAGCGGCUCAAUCCUAACUGAGCUCAUUGCCCUGGUACGCUCCCCACUGUUACAGGGUGGUGCACUGGGAGCCAUGCUGGACUUCUUUCAGGCGCUGGUGAGCACUGGCACGGCCAGUCUAGGCUACAUGGACCUGCUGCGCAUGCUCACAGGCCCGGUGUAUGCGCAGAGUGCAUCACUCACCCACAAGCAGUCCUACUACUCCAUCGCGAAGUGUGUUGCAGCACUCACACGAGCCUGCCCUAAAGAGGGCCCUGCCGUUGUUGGUCAGUUCAUUCAGGAUGUCAAGAAUUCCCGCUCUACUGACUCCAUCCGCCUGUUGGCCCUGCUGUCCCUGGGUGAGGUGGGUCACCACGUGGAUCUGAGUGGCCAAUCCGAGCUCAAAUCGGUCAUCCUAGAAGCCUUCUCUUCAGCCAGCGAGGAGGUCAAAUCAGCUGCCUCGUACGCACUGGGAAGCAUCAGUGUGGGCAACCUGCCGGAGUAUCUGCCCUUUGUGCUGCAGGAGAUCACAGGUCAGCCCAAGCGGCAGUAUCUUCUGCUGCACUCGCUCAAGGAGAUCAUCAGCUCAGCGUCAGUGGCUGGCCUUAAGCCCUAUGUGGAAAGUGUGUGGGCUUUACUGCUGAAGCACUGUGAGUGUACAGAGGAAGGCACCCGCAACGUGGUGGCAGAGUGUCUGGGAAAGCUCACGCUUAUAGAUCCAGAGACGCUACUGCCCAGGCUAAAGGGCUAUCUAUUAUCAGGAUCCUCUUAUGCUAGAAGCUCAGUCGUUACUGCUGUGAAGUUCACAAUUUCAGACCACCCACAGGCGAUUGAUCCCCUGCUGAAAAACUGCAUAGGCGAUUUCUUGAAAACGUUGGAAGAUCCAGACCUUAACGUACGACGAGUAGCACUUGUGACAUUUAACUCUGCAGCCCAUAAUAAACCCUCACUCAUCCGAGACCUUCUGGACACUGUUCUCCCUCAUUUAUACAAUGAGACCAAAGUGCGCAAAGAGCUGAUCAGAGAAGUUGAAAUGGGUCCAUUCAAACACACGGUGGAUGAUGGGCUGGACAUCAGGAAGGCUGCUUUUGAGUGCAUGUAUACCCUUCUAGACAGCUGCCUCGACAGACUUGACAUCUUCGAGUUCCUUAAUCAUGUUGAAGAUGGAUUAAAAGACCAUUACGACAUCAAGAUGCUGACAUUCCUGAUGCUGGCGAGACUGUCCACUCUGUGUCCCAGUGCUGUUCUGCAGAGGCUGGACAGGCUGGUAGAGCCUCUAAGGGCCACAUGUACCACAAAGGUUAAAGCAAACUCUGUAAAGCAGGAGUUCGAGAAGCAAGACGAGCUGAAGCGCUCGGCCAUGCGGGCGGUCGCGGCUCUCCUAACCAUCCCAGAGGCGGAAAAAAGCCCUCUGAUGAGCGAGUUCCAGUCUCAGAUCAGCUCUAACCCCGAGCUCGCUGCCAUCUUUGACAGUAUCCAGAGGGACUCCUCAUCUGCCAACAUGGAGUCUAUGGACACCAGUUAAAUCACACUGCAGCACUUAAAACCAUCGCUCGCAACGAAAAGCUGAAAGAGAACCAAUCCUGGGGGACCCUUUUAUUGUUCCAUGCAUUGCACUGAAUCAACUACUAUAGGAACAAAAAAAUCAAAGAAAAGCUAAAACCCAAGAAAAAAAGCUUACAAUAAGAAAAUGCUGAAAAAUGAUUUAAGACAUGCAGUCUCUUGAGCUGUAAAGCUUAUCACCAUAUUCCUUAUUCUCUUUGUUUGGUUCAUUAUUUUUUGUUUAUAUUUUCUUUUUUGUUCCUCUCACUGGUUUAUGAGAACUUUGCUAAGUUGAGGGACUUGAACGGAGCAUAGAAAAGGACUGUGCAGACAUAACUGGGUUAGCGAUGGAGGUUUUUUUUUUUUACAUUCGGGACUGGUUGAACAGGGGUAAAUGCUAGCAUUCAGUCACUUCACUUAGUCUAAGGACCAUUUUUGUGUUUUUCAUGUUACCAUGUUCUUUACCAGACCAGUUUUAACAGGUGUGUUUUGUACAAUUUAAGUAUCAUCUCUCGUCUCAUCACUCUGUCCAAAUGGCUGGUCGGCAAGUCGGUGGACUUUUGGGAGAGUUGCAGCUUUGCUAGAAAUAUUCCAUAGAAGAAAUGUUUUGUGAUUCAGGGAUGCGCUCGGACAAGUUAAUACCGAAGUGGACACCGGUCAUCACCCUAAAAAUGUCAGUUCAACAUUCCCGACAUCUGCAGAUUUAAAUGGUGUAACAGCAUGUAUUAGACAUCCAGUGACCUAAAUACACUCAGUGUGUGUGUAUGAUUUCUUUUCCUUUUUGCUACAGAUGAGAAAUCUGUUUGGCUGAAGCAUACAGAAUUGAGAUCUGAAUCAAUUGUACUGAAAUAACAGCUCUGUAUGGACUUUUAUUUCACACAUGUGAAUAAAGAAUACUAGUGGAGAGUAUUGUCUUUAUCUGCAG